AUGCAGGGAGUUACUCUACUUAUACUCCUGUUAUAUACAGUUUUUCCACUUGCAUAUGAAGGUUUCCAUCUUUAUUGGAAGAAUCACCUGAACAAGCUAAAGGUCUUGCUUGUCUUAAUAUUGAUGUGUGAUAUGUUGGUGUAUGCUCUUUAUGUUUCUCCCCUGGUGGUGGCUUAUAUACCUUUCAGAUUUGCUCCAUAUAUCCGCGUGGCCUUUUUGGCUUUGACAAUAAGGGAAUUGCGAACAUGUAUAGUCACACUGGCUGGCAUGAUUGGCAUGUACCUGAAUGUUUUGGCACUUUCGCUUUUGUUUCGGUUGUUUGCCAGCUGGUUGGCAUAUGUACGUUUGAAGAUACCCAACAAGGGAAGAUUAUGUUUCACUCUUAUGGCGCCACACUGUAUCAGA